UGUAGCGAGAGGUGGGACCCCUCAUCCCGGAAUGGGGGCUGCCCUGUUACAGAGAAAAGGGUCUUCUCUCCCCGCCAGCCGGGCUCCCCGCCCCUGCACACACUGCUCGACUGCGGGGCCGCCGGUCCGAGCCCUCCGUUUCCGCGGACCAGAGCCCUGGCUCGCCUCCCACCCUACUCCGGCCUGGGCUGCUGGGGAAAGGGGAUGGUGGUUUGGGGCUUGGCCCCUCCGCUGUGGAAAGAUGCAGAGUACCUCCCUGACCUCUUCUCCUUAGCGUGGAGCGAAGGCCUCUUCCCAGGAGGGAGGGGCAGCCGGAACCCUGAGGCGGGACUAAGCUUGUUAGGGUCCUUGUAUGGCCUGCAGGUCUCCUGGAGAAGCUCGAAGGCCUGUGUUCUCAGCCUCUGGGAUAUGUGUCCGGGCGUUCGGGCCACGGUGUCGGACAGCCAUCAGCGUCUUGCGCCCAGGCAUCAACUUUACAUGACAGACCCUGAUAAAGCUGAGAGGCUGCCAGGAAGUUAGAAGCUGGGCGUUCUCCUUCAGUAUACUCUCUCAAAAUGCUCUGCUCGCAGCUCAGGGUCAGCGCCAGACUCUUGUCCUAACUUCCAGAUUACUCAGGGAUCCUCUGAGGCGUUACAGAAGAGACUUACCCAAUCCUUUAAAUGCAAGUCAGGAACUCUGUCCAGUCUGCUCAGUGGGAUGAGCUGUGGGGAGGCCCCACUUCAUCCACCCUCCAGGACCAGGACGGUCUCUCUCCAGAGGCUUCUUCUCAGCUGAUUUCUGGCUCCCAAGGAAUUCUGCAUUCCAGGGCUGAGCACUGGACUCUUGAACCAGUUAGAGCCUGUGUCACUUGGCCGGGAUGUGCCAAAAGCUGUUUAAUGCCUAUCCCUGCUUCCUGAAGAUCCAGCUGACAGGAUGCAGGAGACGCCCACAUCUGGCCUCACUGUUUGGACUUCUGCAGUUUCAACUCUAGAGUUCUCAAGUGAAAGUAAGACAAGCCCACCCUAGCUAAUUUAGGCUGAAAAAUAAGUAUUAAAAAUAUUCUGUAGCUCACAGAAGCUCUGGGAGGACCAGAGAAACUCCCAGGAAUCAUGUCCCAAAGGUCACGGCCUAGUUGGCCCCGUGGAGGCACCUCUGCAUACAGAUACCACUCUUUGCCAGCACCGCUAACCUGGGCCCUAGUAGUGGCACUAGCUUCUCAAUCUCCGGACUCUGGAAAUAGGACACAGCUGUCAUCCCCUCCCCAGGCUGGGUUCCUCUUGGUGCCUGCUUUGGAUACAAAGUCUGACAUGGGGGCCUGUCGCUGGCCAAAUGCUUGCACCACAGCUGCAAGGAAGGCUGGGAAGGCCUCAGAGGGCUCCUAUGGCUGGAUCUGGGAUUUGGAAGAUGGAGAAUGCCCCCAAUGCAGGACAUGCUCCCCAAUCAGAAGGAAUAGGACACAUCCCCUUCCAUUCUCUGGGAGUCCAGUUACCCCCAUCUCAGGGCUCCUGCCCUCAUCCCUGAGACCUCAGGCCACAGCCUGCUUACCUUCCUCCUCCGGGUCCUCGGGAACCAUGCCCUCCUCCUCACAGUGCUUCCCACUUGGCCACACCAAGGAUCACACCACCUGCCCUGUCUGCUGGCAACAACCUCGUCAGACACCACACCACUGUCUCAGGGAAAGCUGGUACUUAUUGUGCGGCUGCUGUGUGUUUCUUGGGCUCUCCCCUCAUUUGACCCCCAGAAGCUCCCCCGCCAAGAGGACUGCCCACAGACAUCUCCAUUUACACAAGAGGAAACCGAAACGCAGAGAUUGGACAUCUCCUUGGGUGUGCCCUCUCCAUCACUUGGAGGGGUCCCUUGAAAUCAAGAUUACAGUCCGUUCCCAUUGGAGAUCAGCUCCUGAAGCCCAGCAAAUGUGGAGAAUCACUGAGUGCCGGGGAAGGGCCUUAAAACAGGCGCUCAGGGGCUACCAGACCAUGGAGUCUUGCAACCAAAAUGUGAGCUUCCAGCAAUUCCACUUCUAGGAAUUCAUCCUGAGGGAAGAGCUAGGCUUCUGCGCUAUCCUGUGCCAGGGGAGAAAGAGGUUGUCCAACAAAUCAGUCUGUGUAAUUAGUAAGAAGCACAGUCCACACCCCUCAGAAGGCCAGCCAGGGUGAGACAAAGCCAUGAAGCAGGCUUCCUUCCAUCCUCCCCCCUUCUCCCUGAUCUGUCCUGGCCCAUGCCCCCACCCAGAUGGCAUGAUUCCAUCCUCUGUUCCCCGGGGGACACUUUCACUCACUCAGGUCUUGGAAUUUGCCUAUGCAAAGCCCAGGAGGGAGGUGCUGGGGCAAGGGCAGUGCUGACUGGAAACCCACUUGGUUUGGGCUUCUAGAGUAGCAGCCUCCAGCUAACUUUGACCUGCUGACCCUGUCCCAUAGGAAGUCCCUUUGGUAAGGGAGCUUGCCCCCUGCAUUAUGGUCCAAACGUGGAACAAAGGUCAAACGGGGAGUAGAGGUCGGGGAGGAGCCUCCUGCCCCUGACCCAGGCCUGGAUUGUUUCUCUGUUCUUGUUUUCUCAGUGUUUUCCACUAUACCACUUGGGUUCCCUGGUAAGCCACCCCAGUGAUUUUUCAUAGCUUCCGAAGGGCCCGUUGGCCCGCAGGUCCCAGAACUCAUCUGGUCUUCCUCUCUGAAGGCUGUGGCCAGCUCCAACCAGGGGGUGUCCUCUCCAGGGUCCUAGCCAUGUGGCUUCCCAAGACGUAAGCACCUGGCUUUCACUUCUCCUUUCUGCCAACAGCCAAGACAUCACCAAAAUAACAGACACAGGAAAGUCACGGUGCACUAGAAAGGUCUUAGUUCAUGAUCCUCCUCUGUGUUUCCUCAGUCCCUGGUUUUAACAAAGUCAGGCCCCAGGCCCUUCCCUCAACACUUCUCAGAUGUUAAAGUAACAACACCUGGAGGUCAUGAGCUCCUUCAGGCUUAAGGAAGGCAUGUUUCCUGCUGUGUCUAAUUCCAUGACAGGAAAGGAGGGUAGGGACUCAACCCUAGAUGAGAUACAAGAGCACCUCCAGGUUGGUGCACAGACUCUGGGUUGGGCAAACCUGGGGUGGAACCCCACCUCCCAUGCUUACUAGCUGUCUGACCUUGGGAAAGCCACUCAGUUCCUCAAAGCCUCUGAGCUCUGGACUGCAUUUGCCCCUCUUCUAUGCCUAUGGUGAAGCCCUAACACCCCUGGGAUUGGAUUCGAAGACAGGCUCUUUAGGGAGAUCAUUAAGGUUAAAUGAGGUCAUAAAGGUGGAGGUCUGAUUCCAUGAGACUGGUGUCCCUCUAAGAAGGGAUGAGAGAUGUCUCUCUCCAGGCCUGCAGAGAGUCUAGGCCAUGUGAGGACACAGAGAGGAGGAGACGGUCUGCAAGUGGGAAGAGACCUCUCCCCGGAAACGAAUCCUGAUGGCACAUUGAUCGUGAGCUUCUGGCCUCCAGAACAGUGAGAAAAGUCAUUUCUGUUGUCGAAGGCACUGCAUCUGUGGUAUUCUGUGAGGAGUUCACUCUAAUAAGCUCAGUUCCCUCAUCUGAAACACAGGGAUAAAACUAGCGUUUGCGUCAUGGGGCUACUGUGAGGGUCCGGCAGGAAAUACACAUGCUUCUUUGGGAUUUUCUACAACA